AUGGCCGUGCUGGAGCGAGAAGUGCUUGUAGAAGCGCUGCGGGAGGCACUGCUAGGUGCCCUCAGGGCUUCCUCGGUGGAACUCACUUUUGGGCUCAGAGCUGAGGCUUCUGUGUCACGGCACCGUUCAUUGUCCUGUGAUUUGGGAGAUAUGGCGUGUAGCAGGAGAAGCAACGUCGAAGUUGAUCCCAUGCUGGAUGAAUGCGUUCUCCUCGCUUCUCUCCUUCUAUUCUAUGUGUUUCAAUCUUUCCAUGGUGUUCUACGACUUUGCGUCAUGCUCUCUACCAGGGUCUCGCAGGAGGGGGAUCGGAAGUCUGAGCCCUGCUUAUUGCGGGGUUCGCAGCUGGAGGAGAUCUUUGGGAAUCAUGCGGCGAGUUGCCCCCUGCGAACUGACAAGUCAGGUGCGAUAGAGCAGAAGUUGGAGCAGCACAAGGCCAGAAGCGGCAGGGAAGUCUUGAAUUGGGAAUCUCGUACCCCGAGAGCGGAGCUGUUGCUGGCCUUGCAGGGCAAGGCGCUGUCGCGCGGCAAUCUUCAGUUGGAGGAGAACAUCUUCGCGGGGGAGAUCGGUGUCAGCCAGUUUGGGCCGGUCGACUGCUUCGUGGAAUGUGAGCUGAAGAGUCCAGGGCAGAUCAGCGUAGCACGGCCGCACGCCUGCCGCGGAGAAGAUCGGCAUCUGGCUAUCCUGCCUCUGCCGCAGAGCAUUUCCGUGCAGCCGCCAGAUGAAGAUGUGCCGGGUUUGAUUCCCAAGGCUAUCUCGAAGUCGGCCUGCUCCGAAAUUCCCGCAGGGGCAUCGCCCACGGUUCACAGUGUGCAGGUGGUCUCCCAAACUCAGAUUCUGGGGACGGACGUGCGAGAGAACUGCACCGGAACAGACUGUUCCUCAUCGGCCUUCAAGGAGGAAGGCGCCUCCGGCAUCCUUCUGCGCUGGGCCUUCCUACUGAAGACCCUGAUCCUUUCGCUCUUCCUCUCAGAGUUGGUCCUGGCGAUUCUGGUCCAUCAGUAUGGCCACGUGCAUGGGGUGGCCUGGGACUUUACUGCGGUUUCGUUGACUGUCUACUUCAUGGUGGGCUAUGGUGGCGUGGAGCUUCUUGCUCGGGCUUUGGCAUCAGAGGAGUUGAAUCUCGUGGCCCUAAAGCUGCAGCUACACUACAGCGACGAACGAAGGACUGAGCUGCUCCGGCGGGAGCGGUGGAAGUAUGCAUUCGCCUGGUUCGCCUUCAUGGCAUCUGUGGUAGUCCAUCAAGGCUUCGAGGUGUGGAACAUCCAGCGUGGGGUACUGGACGACACCAUUGUGCGGAUAGAGGACCUUCCCUUUGCCAAGGUCUGCGCCCAGGUGAACGAGGCCAUCACGAUAAUCUCCUUUGCUUUUGUGAGCGCGGUGAUUCUCCUCACUUGCUACAUCCAGUCUGUUUUGCUCUUGGCCGUGGAUGGCGCUCUGGAUGACUGGUGCCUGGAGGUCUACGACUCCCAAGACUACGAGGUUGGAGUGAAGACCUGGAACAGGAUGCAAGCGCUUCUGAAAUGCUUGGGCAGAGAGCUGGAAACCUCCACGAUUCUUCUGCAAGCCUUUGGCGGGAUAGGCUUCGUCGCCUAUUCUGCAAGCGCAGUGAGCGUGGUCAUCCAGGCCUCCUUUGAGUCUCUCUCGCUCUCCAUGAUCGCUGGUGCCGGUGCACCUGCCAUCUUUCUGCUGAUGAUCGCGAUCCGACUCGGAGCGCAGGCCGCGGCCCUCACCGAGAAAUGCCGGGUUCUUCCCGCAUUUGUGAACACCAUUCCGGGAGCCUGCAUCGACCUCCAUCGGCAGUACCUGGUUAAGUUCAUCGUGGAUACCUCCACCGGAUUCAUUGUGAAGGGGGUGACCCUCACCCAGGCCAUGUUCCUCAGGCAGCUCUACCUUUUGGCCACUGUUCUGACAGGCUUAUUGGGCAUCUUCAUCCGCCUCUAUCUUUGA